GAAGCCACCAACACGUUUAUGAGAGGCCAUCUGAGCUCUGAAGGACGGAUUAGGACGGAGCAAUCAUCUAAAGUUUCGUUAAUUAUUCCACAGGAGGCUAAGGCUCACCCUACCACCCCACCGGAAAGAUGCAGCAUUUGGUGAACUGCCCACCAGCAUGGAUACUGAAUCAUCAAACGGCAAAGAAGGAAUGGUAACGGAAACAGCUGGCGAAGGCUCAGAGGCCGCCGAUGCUCUGACUGGCUCUGGAGAUGAGGAGAGCGGCAGGCAGCUGGGGGAGGUGGAGCUGCAGUGCGCCUUGUGCAUGAAAUGGUUCACUGCAGACACAUUCGGCAUUGACACCGCGACUUGUCUCCCCUUUAUGACUAAUUAUGUGUUUCACUGCAACGUGUGCCAUCACAGCGGCAACACAUACUUCCUCAGGAAACAAGCAAACCUGAAGGAGAUGUGUCUAACAGCUCUUGCAAACCUGACGUGGCGCUCCAGAACUCAAGACGAGCAUCCAAAGACGAUGUUCUCCAAAGAUAAGGAUAUCAUCCCGUUCAUUGACAAGUACUGGGAGUGUAUGACAACACGUCAGAGACCGGGGAAGCUCACAUGGCCCAACAACAUUGUGAAGACAAUGAGCAAAGAGCGAGACGUCUUCUUAGUGAAGGAGCAUCCUGACCCCGGCAGCAAAGACCCAGAGGAGGAGUACCCAAAGUUUGGCCUCUUAGACCAGGACUUGGGAAACAUCGGACCAUCAUACGACACACAGAAACAGACGACAGCUGCUCCCACUGCAGGAGGACUCAACGGUGGAUCUUCUUUCUCAGGCGCUCUGGCCCCUGGUCCAGGAAAAGGAAGAGGAGCCAAACGUAAACAACAGCAGCAGCAGGAGGGCGCCGCAGCGGGAGCGACCAAGAGAACCAGGAGCGACCCUCUGUUCUCAGCUCAGCGUCUGCCUCCUCAUGGUUACCCUCUGGAGCAUCCGUUUAACAAAGACGGGUACCGGUACAUCCUGGCAGAACCGGAUCCUCAUGCCCCAGACCCAGAGAAGCUGGAACUUGACUGCUGGGCUGGUAAACCGAUCCCUGGCGAUCUGUACAGAGCCUGUCUGUACGAGAGGGUGCUGCUCGCUCUACACGACAGAGCGCCUCAGCUGAAGAUCUCUGACGACCGUCUGACUGUGACCGGAGAGAAAGGUUACUCCAUGGUGCGAGCGUCUCACGGUGUGAGGAAAGGUUCCUGGUACUUUGAGGUUUUCGUUGAUGAAAUGCCUCCAGAGACAGCAGCCAGACUCGGCUGGUCUCAGCCUCUCGGUAAUCUGCAGGCUCCUCUGGGUUAUGAUAAGUUCAGCUACUCGUGGCGGAGCAAGAAGGGAACGCGGUUCCACAUGUCGUAUGGGAAACAUUACUCCUCUGGUUAUGGUCAGGGAGACACGCUGGGCUUCUUCAUCGAGCUGCCUGAUGGCACAGAGACUGCCAAAGCUCUGCCCGAUACGUACAAGGAUAAGGCGCUGAUCAAGUUCAAGAGCUACCUGUACUUUGAGGAGAAGGAUUACGUGGACAAAGCAGAGAAAAGCCUGAAGACGAUGUCGCCGAGCAGGAUGAUUUUCUAUAAAAACGGAGUGAGCCAAGGCGUCGCCUUUGAGAACCUGUUUGAAGGCCUCUACUUCCCCGCCAUCUCACUCUACAAGAGCUGCACAGUGUCGGUCAAUUUUGGGCCUCAUUUCAAAUAUCCUCCAAAAGACCUGAAGUACCAGCCGAUGAGUGACAUGGGCUGGGGAGCCGUGAUCGAGCACACGCUGGCUGACAUGUUGUACCACGUGGAGACAGACGUAGACGGACGACGCAGCCCUCCCUGGGAAGGAUGAAUGCGGCUUUAACUCCAGUACGCUCACACCCCUGUCUGCAGGCGAAACAUGGCUCCAGCUUCACACAUUUAAAAAUCAAAGCAGCGCACGCUGAAGUCAACUGUAGCGCAAAAAAAACUGUGCCUAAUAAAAAACUACUUCAACAGCUGCAUUAGAAAAGGAUUUCAGGUGUUAGGUUUUUACAUGUUUUUGGUUUAAAUGACUAAAGGGGAAGAGGGACCAGGUUUUGGAUCAUCUCAUUUUUGCAGUCUGUUGUGUUUUCAGAGCAAUCUGAGCUUGUCAGCUGAUGCUUCCAUAACAGCCAAGGCUGCCCAUAAAGGGGAUAACACGGAGAGCUUUCAGGGGCCCAGAGAAAUAGGGGGGCCACAGGGGUCAGCAAAAUCACGAUCCAUUGUAAAGUUAAGCUGUAAUCAAGCUGACAACUUUAAUGGAAAAACUAAUUAAAUAAUUGCAAAAAAAAGGGCAAUAAUGGGUUAAAAGUGAUAAAAACUUGCAAGAUUGGUGGUGAAAAGAGUUUAAUAGAGGUAAAAUGGUUUACAAACAUGGGCAGCAAAUUGUGAAAGAUGAUUAAAAGUUGCAAAAUAAAAAUGUAUAACAGUUUCAAAAAUGGGUUUAACAAGGAAAAGUGGGCCAAUGAAUUUUGAAACAAAUAAAAAAAUGGCAAAAAACAAGUUGCAAAAAUUGCCACAUAAAAAGUUCUAAAAAAGGGUUAAAAAGUGCCGAAGUUAAAAAAGGUUAAAAAGUGGCAAAAAUUGGUAACUCAAUGCAGAAAUGGGUGGAAAAUGGUGAAAAGUGGUUAAAAAGUGGUCUAAAAUUGUUUUAAAGUGGUCAAAAAAGGGAAAGUUUGGAUUGAAAGUUGCAAAAAUGUCCAGAUAAAUUGGAUUAAGAGGUUAAAAUGCGAUAAAAUGGGUUUCAAAAAUGCUAAUAUGGGUGGAAAAGGGUGAAAAACGGUUAAUAGGUGGUCUCAAUUGUUAUUAAGUGGCAAAAAUGGUCUUAAGUGGGGAAAUUUGGAUUGAAAGUGAUAAAAAAGUUCAAAAACUGUCAUAUAAAUUGUAUAAAAGGGGAUAAAAUGGGGUAAAAUAUAUAAAAAGGGUUGCAAUAAUGGCUGGCAGAUGGUGAAAAGCAUUUUAAAAGUGACAAGAAAAUGUAUAUCUAUGGCAGAAAUGGGUUAAAUAUAUUAAAAAAACUCCAUAGAAAUGGGUUCAAAGUGGCAAAAAAAGCAAAAAUGGCCAGAUGGCUUACUAUGAAGGAGUUAAAGGUGAAAAAUCGGCUAAAAAGUGGCAAAAAUGAGCAUAAACAAUGGUGAAAAGUGGUUAAAAAAGUAGCUUGAAAAAACUGCAGAACCCAGUAAUAGCUUAACACAGCUCUAGACUGAGGUAACUGUUAGGACGCUAGCAACAAUGCUGAUGGUCCAGCGCACAUGCACUGAUAUCAAUAAAUCCCAUUCUCUGGGUUUUCAGGGGCCUAGAUGAAUCUGUGGGUGGGUCUGAUUACAGCCUAUUUCACUGCUGCAGACUUCAACAGUCUCCUGGAGAGAUCCUUAAACCUCUUCUACCUUCCAGUCAUUAAAAUCCAAAAAUGUGUAAAAUAAGUUACCAUGUUCGAAGUUCUCCUCCGGCGUGCCAUCGGCUCACAUUCCCCACAGAAAACCAAACCGACCCAUUCUUGGUGCUCUGCUUUGAAACUGUGUGUAUAUUUUGAGGUAAAACAGACGUCACUGAUGUUUAGAGAUGUUACGGCCAAACCGAUGUUCACGUCUCAGAGUUGUUUUAGACGAGCGUUGAUCCUGCAGUCUUUAGUGUGUUCAGUCUUUUCUUAAUUUCUGUGUUUUUCAUUGUGUUAGAUAUUUACUGUUUUUUACUCUGGGUUCAUUAAUAAAAAUGCUUCAAGA